UGUACCUUAUAAUAUAAACACCCUCUUCUCUCCCACUCCCCCAUCUCUCUCCUUGUAUAAAUUGCUCCAAAGUCCAAAACGCCGUCGCUGAGCUUUGGCAAAGAGGACUCAUUUCCCGGCACAUUUUUGCCAACAGCAGGGAGAGAGAUGGAGAUUUUUACUCUCGGUUAAUCGCCAGAAAACCAUUUGAUCGCUGGAGUAUAGGCUUUUUAAACGGACAUCGUGGUUUUUUUGUUAGGGUUCCGCCAGGGUUUACUUCGUAAGGUUUGAUGGCUUCGGAGGAUGUCGUCGGGAAAACGAGCAAAUCUGCGGUUUCAACGAUCGUCAAUCUUGCUGAAGAGGCGAAGCUAGCGAGAGAAGGAGUUAAGGCGCCUAGUCACGCAAUACUCAGUAUCUGCAAAUCUCUCGUUGCUGGAGGAGUCGCUGGGGGAGUGUCACGCACAGCUGUUGCUCCAUUGGAACGGUUAAAAAUAUUGCUCCAGGUUCAAAAUCCACAUAAUAUAAAGUACAAUGGAACAAUUCAAGGACUGAAGUAUAUAUGGAAAACAGAGGGGUUCAGAGGAUUGUUCAAAGGCAAUGGAACUAACUGCGCUCGUAUCGUCCCUAACUCAGCUGUUAAGUUCUUUAGCUAUGAGCAAGCAUCUAAGGGUAUUCUAUGGAUUUAUCAGCAGCAAACUGGCAAUGAAGAUGCCCAGCUCACUCCUCUUUUACGUCUUGGAGCUGGAGCAUGUGCUGGAAUCAUUGCUAUGUCAGCAACCUACCCAAUGGACAUGGUACGAGGAAGGCUAACUGUACAGACGGAGAAGUCUCCUUACCAGUAUAGAGGAAUGUUCCAUGCACUGUCAACUGUCCUCCGAGAAGAAGGUCCACGGGCCUUGUACAAAGGCUGGCUGCCUUCUGUAAUUGGAGUUAUCCCAUAUGUUGGUCUCAACUUUGCCGUAUAUGAAUCUCUAAAAGACUGGUUGAUCAAAACUAGACCAUUUGGCCUGGUUGAAGACUCUGAAUUAAGUGUGACAACAAGGCUAGCAUGUGGAGCUGCUGCAGGAACUGUUGGCCAAACAGUUGCUUAUCCUCUUGACGUCAUUCGUAGAAGAAUGCAGAUGGUGGGCUGGAGUCAUGCUGCUUCAAUUGUUACUGGUGAUGGAAGGAGCAAGGCACCACUUGAGUAUACUGGCAUGGUUGAUGCAUUCAGGAAAACAAUUCGCCAUGAAGGCUUUGGAGCAUUAUACAAGGGUUUGGUCCCCAAUUCUGUCAAGGUGGUACCAUCCAUUGCAAUUGCAUUUGUGACAUACGAGAUGGUGAAAGACGUUCUUGGAGUUGAGAUGAGAAUAUCGGACUGAAGCGUGGAUGAGGCCUCAUGAUAUUUGUUGAUUUAUGGUGCUUCUUUUUGUAGGUGAAAGAGAGAAGGUAAGGCGGGGGGAGAGCAAGUUACAAAUAUUUUUUUCCCGUAGAGAAUGAAGAAAGUUACAUAUACUUUUAGUUUUAGCCAAUUACGAUAUUACCUUCCCCAGCUUUUAUCUCCAUCCGAACAUGCCCUUAGUUUUUCUACUUCUCAUUUGUCUGCUUUGCCAAUAAAAGGUCUGUAAGAACGCGAGGUGAAUGUGAGUAGCUUCCUUAGAGAAAGUAAAGAGGAAACACCCUUUCCAAAUCUUGUUAACCGUACCGUAACUGGUUAUUUAUUAGAAUAACAUCUUGUCAGUGACCAUAUGCCCCUCUC